CUCCCGCUCCGGCUCCGCGGGCGGAAGAGGCGGCGGCGGCGGCGGCGGCGUCGGCAGAAGCAGCGGCGGCGGGAGCCGAGGAGGAGGCUCCGGACGCUGCUCAGGAACCGGGGACCCGGGAGUGCCCGCGCCCUGAGCGCUCAGCUCCGGAGGCGUCAUGGCUGAGUACGGGACCCUCCUCCAGGACCUGACCAACAACAUCACCCUUGAAGAUCUGGAACAGCUCAAGUCUGCCUGCAAGGAGGACAUCCCCAGUGAGAAGAGCGAGGAGAUCACUACCGGCAGUGCCUGGUUUAGCUUUCUGGAGAGCCACAACAAGCUGGACAAAGAUAACCUCUCCUACAUUGAGCACAUCUUUGAGAUCUCCCGCCGUCCUGACCUACUCACUAUGGUGGUUGACUACAGAACCCGUGUGCUGAAGAUCUCUGAGGAGGAUGAGCUGGACACCAAGCUAACCCGUAUCCCCAGUGCCAAGAAGUACAAAGACAUUAUCCGGCAGCCCUCUGAGGAAGAGAUCAUCAAAUUGGCUCCCCCACCGAAGAAGGCCUGAGCAAGGGGGAGGAAGAGGAGGAAGGUUGGACCUUCAUCGGACCACUCCCUUCCCCGAUACUCUAGGGGAGGGGGCAAGAGCAACCCCCCCCCAUCUACUCAUUUACUAACCUGGUCCUAACCCCCUUAUUGUGCGCGUGUGUGUGCGUGUGCGCACGCUCUGGCUGUCUGUCUAUAUGUCUAGCUCAUCUAGUUCCUCCUCCUUGUGAGGGGAUGGGGGUCAGAGGCUAGGAGAGGGGGCUUAGUUUCACCUCUCUAGGGGUAGGUGGGGGCUAUUUCUAUGCAAAUAGAAAUUGGCACAUUCUUCCUACAUCCCUUUCCUCCACUCUUCCCGCACAUCUUUAAGGUGUGGAAGCAGAACGGACCUGCAUUUUCCUACAUUGAAGAGCUUAGGUAGGGGUGAGGUAUGGGAGAGGUAGGUGGACCUGAGGAAAAGCAGUAGGGAGGAGGGGAGGUGAAGAGGCUACCCAACCCCAACCUGGAAAGGUCAAACAAAAGCCAGAGUUCAGAGUUUAUUCCCCGUACUGGACUGGCUGAAGAGUUGUUUCUUGCUGUUCCUCAGGUUGGAGGGCCUGGGUGCCAGCAGGUCCCUUCUUGCUCCCCUCUCAUGGGCCUAGGAUGGGUAGGAGCCAGGGAUCUAAUGAGAGAAGCCCACUGGAUCCUUUCCCGGUCCGAAAGAUCCAACCCCAUGGUGCAGCCAGCAUUAGAUGCCCCUGUCCACUUUUGCUCCAGAGAGAUUAUGCUGGGAACAUGCACCACUGAGCCUGAGAUGGAGAUUAUGGCAGAGAGAGGGGAGGUCCCCUUUUCCACUUCUUUAUUCCUACUCGGACUGUUGCAUACACUGACCCUGAAUCUAGGGAGGUUGGGGAAUGAUAUCCUUAGGUUUUAACCCCAAUCCUGCGCCCACCUAAAGGAUCCCAAAGUGGUUACUACAGGCAACCUUCCCUCUCUCCUUGGUAAAGAAAGCCAGAAAGAAGAGAUGUUAACUACAGUGUUUUUCUUUGCACUGACUCCCCACCCCAAUUCAAUCAGGAGGGAACUUGGUAACCCUUCUCACUUGAUAUCCUGGCCCCUUGACUUUGUUGUUGCCUCCUAGCCAAAUCACUAGAGUACAGUGAGUGACCCCAGCCUCCUGUCUGUCCCAAGAUGCCCUUCCCCACCCCGACCGUGCUAACUGUGUGUACAUAUAUAUUCUACAUAUAUGUAUAUUAAACCCACACUGCCAUGUCUGCCCUUUUUUGUGGUGUCUAGCAUUAACUUACUGUCUAGGCCAGAGCUGUGGUGGGAGGGGAAUGCCACAGUGAAGGGAUUGGCAGAGUCAAAUUGCUACAUAGUCCAAACAAAAAAGAAAGCCUUUAAAAAAAACCCAAAAACAUUAAAAUCACAUGCAAUCUCAGAGACUAUUUAGGGAAAGUUGAAGUUAAGAGCUUUUAUGAUGUGGAAACAAAACUUUAGUGGGAAGGGAGCGCUGGCUGUCAGAAGAUGGAAGAAGCCAGACUGUAGAGAGCAUCCCUGACUCCUAGCCCAGCCCAGCCUGUCCCCUCUGGCCACUGCUGCAGACACCUGCCUUAACAGACACACCUUGAGGACUCCAUGGUUUUGCCUUAAAGGACAUUCCCAAGUCUCCCCAGCCCUGUCUGGCUUCUCCCUUAAGAACACAGAGAUACUUGUAGAAUUGGUUGGUCAGGGAGACAUGAGCAUAAACUGUCCCUCUGUUAGGGAUAUAUGACAGUAAGGGAGAGAGAGGGAAUAAAGAGCCUUCUUUUCGGAGGAAAUGGAAGGAGAAAGACAGGGUUAUUUUCAGCAACUCUAGUAGUUUCUCUGUAAGGCAAAAUAAUCUAAAAAGACUAACCUGCCCUCCCCACCCCUUGUACUACUGUGAGAUUGCCCCUAUCCUGUGCGCUCCUCUGUCUGCAGUAUGCACGGCCUUGUUCUAACCCUGGAAUAAAGGUGAAUGAUUGUACUGUA